AUGACACAACAGGCCAUCUUCUUUGCCAAGGACCAUCUGGCUGGUGGCAUUGCUGCUGCCAUCGCCAAGAUAGUUGUGGCCCUGAUUGAGCAGAUACCAAGGAACUCUCCUCAGUGUGGGGAGAGUGAGGUCUCUGUUGAAAAUUUGCGACUUCCACACAAUUCUUCCCCACCUUCCUUCGGAAUGUGCAAUUGUUCCCUGUCCUGUGCUGUCUUAAGCACAAUCUCAGUCACCCAGACCUUCAGUGAGAGGCUGGCAGGAGAAACUGGGGGCAUCAGGAACACAGCAGUACAGGGAGGUGUGGCCUCCUAUCACUGUCCUGUAGACCGUGGCCAGCGUGGCGACAUCAGUAUCCUACUGAAGGGACACGGACAGGGCUGUAAGCUGCAGAGGGGCAAGGGGGACACCCUGACACGUCGCACGGCCCCCCCAGUCUCCCACGGCCGCUCCCCCAGGCAUAGCACAGGGCCUCACCUCACUACGGCAGCAGCGCGGCACAGCACGCUCGACUUCAUGCUCAGCGCCAAAACUGAUGGUGAGACCAUUCAAAAAGGCCUGCAGUCCAUUUUCCAGGAGCAGGGGAUGGUGGAGUCGGUGCACACCUGGCAGGACCAUGGCUAUUUAGCAACCUACACAAAGAAGAACGGCAGCUUUGCCAAUUUGAGAAUUUACCCACAUGGAUUGGUGUUGCUGGACCUUCAGAGUUAUGAUGGUGAUGCACAAGACAAAGAAGAGAUCGACAGUAUUUUGAACAAAGUAGAAGAAAGAAUGAAAGAAUUGAGUCAGGACAGUACUGGGCGGGUGAAAUGAUUACCACCCAUAGUGCAAGGAGGAGCCAUUGACAGAUAUUGGCCCACCACUGAUGGGCGCCUGGUUGAAUAUGACAUAGAUGAAGUGGUAUAUGACGAAGAUUCACCUUAUCAAAAUAUAAAAAUUCUACACUUGAAGCAGUUUGGAAAUAUUCUCAUCCUUAGUGGGGAUGUUAAUUUGGCAGACAGUGAUUUGGCAUAUACCCGGGCCAUCAUGGGCAGUGGCAAAGAAGAUUACAUUGGCAAAGAUGUACUCAUUCUGGGAGGUGGAAAUGGAGGCAUAUUGUGUGAAAUAGUCAAACUAAAACCAAAGACGGUCACUAUGGUAGAGAUUGACCAAAUGGUGAUUGAUGGGUGUAAGAAAUACAUGGGAAAAACGUGUGGCAAUGUCUUAGACAAUCUUAAAGGAGACUGCUAUCAGGUUCUGAUAGAAGACUGUAUUCUGGAACUGAAGAGGUAUGCCAAAGAAGGGAGAGAAUUUGAUUAUGUGAUUAACGAUUUGACAGCUGUUCCAAUCUCCACGUCUCCAGAAGAAGAUUCCACAUGGGAGUUUCUCAGACUGAUUCUUGACCUCUCAAUGAAAGUGUUGAAACAGGAUGGGAAAUAUUUUACAGGGAACUGUGUCAAUCUGACAGAAGCGCUGUCGCUCUAUGAAGAACAGCUGGGGUGCCUGUACUGUCUUGUGGAAUUUUCAAAGGAGAUCCUCUGUGUCCCUUCAUACUUGGAAUUGUGGGUAUUUUACACUGUUUGGAAGAAAGCUAAACCCUGAAGAUCAAUAGCCCCUAAUCACAUGUGCUGCAAAUAGCCUUCCUGACCUCCAUAUGCUGUAGAUGACAUCGAAAUG